GAACUUGCAAUGAGCAUGAAGAGAGCUGGGAUCCUUGAAAAUAGAUUCCAGCCUAUGGAGAAGUGCACAUAAGAACAGGAUAAAUAUGGCUUUUAAGGGCGAGGACCACUUAGAUUCCCUUUCCUUACCAGUUCAGCGCAUGCACCUAAUCCAGGUGGACUCUGUUCAGCGAUGGAUGGAAGACCUGAAGCUGAUGACAGACUGCGAAUGUAUGUGCAUUCUCCAGUCCAAGCCCAUCAGCAUUGAGAAAGAUGAACAAAAUGAACUCAUCCUCUCCUCACAGUACAGCACUUGUGAUAACUUGCAGCUCCUGCUAAAGAGGGCUUGGAUCAUCAGCACCGAGCUGACGAGGAUUGCUCAGAAGCUGGAGAAGAACAGGUGGCAGAGGGUCCACAGCAUGACAGUGAGAGUCAACUGCCACGUGCAUUCCAUGAUAAAUGAGUACAACACCUUCACCAGGAGCUCUUCAGAAGAAAUGCACCAGCUCGAAAAACUCUUAAUAGACAAGUGUUCAGAAUUUACAACAUUCACAGAAAGGUGCUUACAGACUGAAGAUGAAGAGAUACUGAAGUCCAUGAAAUCUUGUGUUAACGAAACACUCACGACCGUGGCCCAAUAUUUUGGCCAGUUGUUAGAGCUGGUUUUAACGCAAGAAGCACAGAGCCUGCUGAGGCAGAUAGAGCUCUCGGGCAGCCUGUACGUCACGGAGUCGGCCAUCAGUGGUUUAUUCAGCCUCGCCCAGGAAGGAGCUCACCUCUGCCGCAUCAUAGCCAAGGAAGGAGGUGUUGUUGCUCUCUUUAAGAUCUGUCGCCAGGAUUGUUUCAGGUGCCUUUAUCCCCAGGCCCUGAGAACGCUGGCAUCAAUUUGCUGCGUAGAGGAAGGGAUGCACCAGCUGGAGAAGGUGGAUGGGAUACUGUGCCUGGCUGACAUCCUCACUGAUACCAGCCAUUCUGAAGCCACUCAUGCAGAAGCAGCAGCAGUAAUUGCCCAGAUCACAUCUCCACACCUCACGUUCACUCAGCAUCUCAGCAGCUUUCUGGAAAAUAUGGAAGAAAUCGUGACAGCACUUGUCAAACUGUGCCAAGAAGCCUCAUCAGGUGAAGUUUUCCUGCUGGCUUCAGCUGCUCUUGCCAAUAUUACUUUCUUUGAUACCAUGGCUUGUGAAAUAUUGCUCCAGUUAAAUGCAAUGAAGAUUCUCCUAGCAGCGUGCUCAGACAAACGCAUAGUGGAUACUCCGUUCUCCCGGGAUCAGGUGGUAACAAUAUUGGCAAACAUGUCUGUGUUGGACCAGUGUGCUUCAGAAAUCAUUCAAGGAAAUGGUGUUCAGCUUUUAAUGGAGAUGCUCUUUGAGAAAUGCCCCUCUGGAAAUGCAGCAGAAGCUGCAGCUUGCGAGCGAGUCCAGCAGAAGUCCGCGGUUACCCUGGCGCGGCUCAGCCGAGACCCCGAGGUGGCAGAUGCAGCUGUGAAACUCAGCUGUAUUCCUCGCCUGAUUAAACUUUGCAGAUCACCAACAGAAAGAAAUAACAGUGAUUCUGUUUUAGUGGCAUGUCUGGCAGCCUUGAGGAGACUGGCAGUCAUGAGUCCUGAUGGGCUGGAAGAUUCAGAUUUUCAGCAGCUGGUAAAGCCCAGACUAGUGGAUUCUUUUCUGCUGUGCACAAAUAUGGAAGAGAGCUUUGUAUAAAUGGGAGCCAAAACCCUUUGAACAAUAAGGAUGAUGAUAGGUA